AUGAUAGUUGAGCUGGCAAAAGAGGGAACAGAAGCAGUAGACGUUGAUGGAGUGGCGGUAGUUUUGCAAGAGCUAGACACUGAAGUAAUGUCAUUUGAGCCGGUAGAGACUAUAGCAGAAGUUAAUGAAGUGGUGGUAGUUUGGCCAGGGCUAAGCACUGAUGUGGUAGCAGUUGAGCCAGUAGAAGAGGGUGCAAAAGAAGUAGAUGUUGAUGGAGUGACGGUAAUAUGGCCAGUGCUGAUGACAACUGAACCGGUAGAAGAGGGUGUUGUUUCAGCAGAUGUUAAUGAAGUGGAGCUUGAUUGGAUGGUAUUUGAGUCAGUAGAAGAGAGUGUAGGAACGGCCGUGGACAAAAUGGUGGUAGUUUUAUCAGAGCUAGACGCUGAUGUGAUGGUAGUAAUGUCGGUAGGUGUAGUUGAAGUAGAUGUUGAUGAAGUUGUGGGAGUUUGGCCAGAGCUAGACACUGAUAUGACAGCAGUUGAGCUUGCAGAAGAGGAUGCAGAAGCAGUAGACGUCAAUGGAGUGGUAGUAGUUUUGCAAGAGCUAGACACUGAAGUAAUGUCAUUUGAGCCGGUAGAGACUAUAGCAGAAGUCAAUGAAGUGGUGGUAGUUUGGCCAGAAUUAAACACUGAUGAGAUAGCAGUUGAGCCGGUAGAAGAGGGUGUAGGAACGGCCGUGGACAAAAUGGUGGUAGUUUUAUCAGAGCUAGACGCUGAUGUGAUGGUAUUAAUGCCGGUAGAAGAUGUAGUUGAAAUAGACGUUGGUAGAGUUGUGGGAGUUUGGUCAGAGCUAGACACAGAUAUGACAGCAGUUGAGCUUGCAGAAGAGGAUGCAGAAGCAGUAGACGUCGAUGGAGUAGUGGUAGUUUUGCAAGAGCUAGACACUGAAGUAAUGUCAUUUGAGCCGGUAGAGACUAUAGCAGAAGUUGAUAAAGUAGUGGUAGUUUGGCCAGGGCUAAGCACUGAUGUGGUAGCAGUUAAGCUGGUAGAAGAGGGUGCAAAAGCAGUAGUUGUUGAUGGAGUGACGGUAAUAUGGCUAGUGCUGAUGACAACUGAACCGGUAGAAGAGGGUGUUGUUUCAGCUGAUGUUAAUGAAGUGGAACUUGAUUGGAUGGUAUUUGAGUCAGUAGAAGAGAGUGUAGGAACGGCCGUAGACAAAAUAGUGGUGGUUUUAUCAGAGCUAGACGCUGAUGUGAUGGUAGUAAUGCCGGUGGGUGUAGUUGAAGUAGACGUUGGUGAAGUUGUGGGAGUUUGGCCAGAGCAAGACACUGAUAUGACUGCAGAUGAGCUUGCAGAAGAGGAUGCAGAAGCAGUAGACGUCGAUGGAGUGGUAGUAGUUUUGCAAGAGCUAGACACUGAAGUAAUGUCAUUUGAGCCGGUAGAGACUAUAGCAGAAGUGAAUGAAGUGGUGGUACUUUGGCCAGAAUUAAACACUGAUGUGGUAGCAGUUGAGCCAGUAGAAGAGGGUGCAAAAGAAGUAGAUGUUGAUGGA